UAUAAUAUUUUUGUCGGGUAGCUUCAGUCGUUGUAAAGUGAAAGCAUGUUGACCCGUAAUCUCAGGUCGACAGUGUGCCAAAACGGCAGACUGAUUAAAGAUCUACUAAAAAGAAAAUCUGCUCUAUUCAACAGAAAUGCCACAGUUGCACAGAAUGUCACAGAUUCACGAGUAGAUGCCAAGUCCAAUGAUGAAGAGUUGAAACCUAUAUACUUGGAUGCUCAAGCAACUACCCCACUGGACCCAAGAGUUCUGGAUGCAAUGCUUCCAUAUCAUAUAUCAUUUUAUGGAAAUCCACAUUCAAGAACACAUGCAUAUGGUUGGGAAACAGAGAAAGCUGUUGAAGAUGCAAGAAAGAAAGUUGCAGAUCUGAUAGGUGCUGAUCCAAAAGAGGUAAUAUUUACAAGUGGAGCAACUGAGUCAAACAACAUUGCUGUUAAGGGAAUCGCAAGAUUCAACAAACGAAAAAAGAGACACGUUAUAACUACACAAACGGAGCACAAAUGUGUUCUGGAUUCCUGUCGAGUGCUUGAAGCCGAGGGGUUUGAGGUGACAUAUCUACCUGUUCAAAAAAAUGGAAUAAUCGACAUUGAAGAACUGAAAAGCAGUAUUCGUCCAGAUACUUCGCUUGUUUCUAUAAUGACUGUUAAUAAUGAAAUCGGCGUGAAGCAACCUGUUCACGAGAUAGGUGCCAUUUGCCGUGAAAAUAAAGUGCAUUUUCAUACCGACGCUGCACAGGCGGUUGGGAAGAUACCAAUCGAUGUGAACGAGAUGAAGAUCGACUUGAUGUCAAUAAGUGGCCAUAAGAUCUACGGUCCGAAAGGCAUCGGUGCUCUGUAUGUAAGAAGAAGGCCCAGGGUAAGACUUGAGCCACAGAUGAAUGGAGGAGGCCAAGAGAGGGGCUUCAGGAGUGGUACGGUUCCGGCACCACUUGUUGUUGGUCUAGGUGCAGCCUGUGAGCUUUCUUUGCAAGAAAUGGAGUACGACUACAAUCACGUGAAAGAGUUGUCAGAUCGUUUGAUUGCUGGAAUAGAAAGCCAACUGACCCACGUGAUUCGAAAUGGUGAUCCUGAUCUAUCAUAUCCUGGGUGUAUUAACCUUUCUUUCGCGUAUGUUGAAGGCGAAAGUCUCCUAAUGGCUUUGAAAGAAAUUGCCUUAUCAUCAGGAAGUGCCUGUACUUCGGCGUCACUGGAACCAUCCUACGUGCUACGUGCCAUUGGAGCAGAGGAAGAUCUAGCACACUCUUCCCUUAGGUUUGGCAUUGGAAGGUUCACUACACAAGCAGAGGUCGACUUCACUGUCAAGAAAUGCGUUGAAAGUACCUUGAAGCUCCGGGAGAUGAGCCCUCUAUGGGAGAUGGUUCAGGAUGGAAUCGAUUUGAAAAAUAUUCAAUGGAGCCAACAUUAAUUUGCAACUCGUGAGGCAAAUCAGAAGUUGUAUAGAAAGCAUACUUGUAUAUUUUCAUGUCAGACUUUUGAGGGAAUGUCCAUAAAUGUUAUUUGUGACCUAUUUAAGUAAACAUAAAUAUGGAUUACUUGAACUUUGUGACCUCAGGUUUUCCAAUCACACAUUUACUCCCGUAUGUCUAAGAAAUAAUUACAUUUUUAGCUUAGAAUUUUCCGAUUCACUUCUUUUCAAUGUUUUUUAGCAUAACAGGUGUUUGCGAGUUUAGGCUUUGCCGGAUUGUGAGAUUACACCAGAGCAAAAAAAAAACAGAAAUGUUUUUGUCACUUUACAGUAGCCAUAUUGAACAAAAUACCUUGAUAACUGUAAUCAUGCAUUUAGGAUAACAUUUAGCGCAUGACAUCUUAGUUAAAUCCUGAAUACUAAGAGCGUGCUCAUCGAAGAAAAAUUUUCAAUAGUAUUUGAAAGUUGCCUAUUUCAAUUCAAAUGCGAUUUUGUAGAAUUUUUGUCAUUAUUUCCCCAUCUGAAGUUAACUCUAAUUCAAUUCAAUUUUUAUACUAUAUUAUCAAGUAAUGCAUCAGCAUAUUGAUAUACGUCUUGUCUUUUGCCGGUUUGCUAAA